GUCUUUGUAAAUCAUGCAAACCAGAUUAUAAUUGCAAAACUUGUGAAAACGGGAAUAGUUGUUCAUCGUGUCCUGAGAAUCUUUUUAUAGAUUUCUAAAAUAAAUGUUAAGAUUGUAAAGGAGAUGGUAUUUUUAUUGAAAAAACAACAAAUUAAUGCAUGAAAUGCAACGAAUUAAAAAAUUGUAAAACAUGCGAAAAUGUAAAUGAUUGUAUUAGUUGCUCAAGUGGUAGUUAUUUAUAUGAUGAUAAUUCAUGUAAACCAUGUGGUGAUGGAUACUUUAUUGAAGGAAAUAGAUGUAAAAAAUGUAAUUAAACGUCUUUAUUUUGUGCUACUUGCUCUAAAAUAGACUCUUGCGAUAGCUGCUUAGAUGGAUAUUAUCUGGAUUAAAAUAAAAUAUGUGUCAAAUGCGAUUAAAAUGGAUAGUAUAAAGAAGGAAAAUAAUGCAAAAACUGUGAUCAAAA